AAUCUCUUGAUUUCAAUCCAUCAGGAGCUUCAACUAUUCACUUUUAUGGUUUAUUAAGUCAUCUUCUUUACCAAUAUCAAGAUUCGAAAGAUACCCAUCUCACAAUCACUAUUCUCUGAUCUCCAUUCUCCACUUCCAUUCGAUCACAUUCUACUUCUCGAUACCGAACAUCUUUCAUGAGAUCAUCGACUCAUCAAACAAACUCACCUAUCAUGAUGCCAUCAACAAAUUCUAGUUCGCCCGACUUACCUCAGAAAUUAUUCGGCAUCAACAAUCACCUCUCUUCUCAAUCUACGCCUUCUCAGUCUUCAUCACCACCUCUUCUCCUCUUCCCUCGCACUUCACAAUCACAGGCACUGGAUCAAGGAGUCUGGCAGGGUGACUACUCACUCAACAGCUACAUUCAUGAUUAUCUCUGUAAACGAGGAUUCCACGGUACUGCUGAGAAGCUCAUUCAAGAAUCUGGUAUGGACAAAUCUUCAGCAUGGGGUAGUAAUAAGCUUUUGAACACUCCACAAGGGUUGCUUUAUGAAUGGUGGACCAUCUUUUGGGAAGUCUUUCUCGCCAGCUCAGGCAGUAGCGGACACCAUGAUGCCAAUCUUUACUCGCAAAUUACGAAAGCGUCCAGGUCCGAGAGUGCCUCCGGAUCAACUCAGCAGCGUAACGCUGGGCUGAUCAAGUUACCUACGGCUGAGCGAUCUACACAUCGGAGCCCACCAGAUCCAAAUAGCAACCCGGACUCCGAUCUUGUCACAAUCUCAUCUUCGACUUCUACCAAUACUUGCUCUAACACUAGUCCCAAGGUCCCUCGUCCAUGUCCUCCGAAUCACUCGGAUUCAAUUAAUAUUGCCCAUCGUCCCGCGGUCACAAGGCUGAGAACAACUUCUGGAAAUAGCCCAUCCUCGCAUCUCACUUCACCUGCCACCACCGCUCGUUCACUACAAAUUCAACAAUCGCAACAACUCCAGCAUCCCAAUUCCCAAACGCAUUAUCAGCUUCUGCAACCGCAACGCCAUCAGCAGCAACAGCCCCAAGCGCUCCAACAAAACCAAGCACAUCAACACGCACACCAGCUACACCAACAGCAACAGCACCAAUCAUUGUCAUCAAACGCUCCACCUAAUGGCCAACCGCAACGCCAGCCAGCCAGUCACAUGAUGGCUCCUCCACCCCAUCCAGCUUCUUUCCAACCCCGACCUUUGACGGACAACGAGGCCAUGACCCGCCAGGCGUUGUGCAGCGCUGGACUGUCAGGACGAGAAAUUCCGUCCUUGACGCUUGAAGAGAGAGAACGAUAUACGGCCCAAUUGAGUAAUUUAGUUACAAUGCAUCACGCCGCACAGCUCCACAGAGUACUUUCGAAUCCACGAGGCAUUCCAUAUUCACCUCUGGCCGACCCAAGAAUACUACCUAACCAUCCCAGUAUUCAUCGCGAUAUUCACCAGCUCUCCCUGCAACAGCAACAAGAACGUCAGUUAGGAGCUGUCCGAGCAGCUCAGCUGCAGCAACCCGCUAUGUCACUUGGUCAAACUUCUCCGGGGAAUCUUGUUGGACCCUCCCAGAGUCCAAGUGCAAUGCCAUCAGCGGUUAACUCUCAUCAGAUGUUCAACGGGGCUCAAAAUGGAAGAAAACGACCGUUGACGCCGGCCCAGAACAUAAACGAAACCCCACCAGCUAACGUUUCUGACACUAACUGGCCUUCACCAUCUAGCCGAAAGCGGUCAAAGCCGCUCGAUGCUCCUUCACCCGCCCCAAGUCCUAGGAUUCGAGUGGGCUCUGGCAUGAGCGCCAACGGAAUUUCGGCGUCAGAAGCACGGCGUACUGUGGAUACGUUACACGGAAUUACUGGUCGUAACGAAAAUCAGACCGGGAUUGAAGGCGAUGGCCAAGUGAAUAAUCAACCCGAAAGAUCUGUCUAUGGUACCCCCUCUACAAAAGCAAACGGUGAACCGCCUAAGGCAAAUACGCCCAACGCGCCUACCCCUGCAUCGACUCCCAGUGCCUCUCAGCAUGCCACCGCCAAUAUGGCUACUCCACAUCAUAAUCCACCAGCUAUGGAUGCAAACCAUCCAUCUGCCUUGCGAUCUUCUGAACGUAAUCAAGACAUAUCUGACUUUUGGUGUCUUCGUCGAUUUCGCUUCUUUCCAGGUCCUUUGAGCAGCGGGAAUGGAUUAGGAGCAGGAUGCGCAUCGUCGCCCGCAGCUCUCUCCAAACCUACCGGAAAUGGGUUUACCAACCUUGCUUUCAAUCCUCAUCAACCAUCCGGUCCGACCUCGAGUGGGAUGACAAUGGGAGAUUCAAGUCAAAUAAAUGCUUCUGCCCUCGAUCUUCGCUCGUUGAACGGUGUUUACGGUAUACGCGAUUCCACAAAUGAAAACAACUCUACAGCCGAGAGUCGUAAUGAGAAUGUAAAAGAUUCAGCCUCACAAAUGAACAGCACUCCAGGUGGAAGCGGACUGGACCUUAUCCCUGGUGGCUUUGAUAUCGAUAAGCUCCUGGAAGAUGCGUUGAAUUUUGGAAGAGAUGACGGUCGUAGGUUAGCUGAUCUGCUCAUUGGUCUUGUUUAG